AUAUUUAGUCAGUCUCCGUAAACGCACACAAAGAGGCAGACGUCACUAAGUAUCGAUUUAUUUUGUGGGGAACAGUAAACAAUGACACACGGACGAUAACAGAUAAAGUUGCGCGAUUUUUUUGUAGAAAUACACGGCAUCUUAUUUGAACGACGUUGAUUUAUAUGCGAGUUUACAUGGCCAAAAUGACGAACCCAAGAGUGUGUGUAAUUGGAGCUGGCAUAGCAGGGUUGACAACCGCCAGGUACCUGAAGGAAGACGGUAUUAACUUCACGGUUCUGGAAGCCACGAGAUAUGUCGGCGGCACAUGGCGAUACGAUCCAAGAGUAGACGUCGAUGAAAAUAAUGUCACUAUGUACACCAGCAUGUAUAAACAUUUACAAACAAAUUUGCCUAAACCCACAAUGGAGCUACCGGGGUUUCCAUUACCUGAUGAUGCACCUUCAUAUCCUGGUUGGGAAGAUUACUACAAAUAUCUUCAGUCAUAUGCUAAGCACUUUGAUUUGGAGAAAAAUAUAAAGUUCUUACACAAUGUUAUAUCAAUCAAAAGAGAUGAAAACGUUUGGAGAGUAAAACACAAACAAGUAGUUACAAAAGAAGAAUUUGAAGAAGAGUAUGAUUAUGUCGUUAUUGGCACGGGACACCAUAGCAAAACUCACAUGCCAAACAUAACGGGGGAGGAAACGUUCAAAGGGACAAUAAUACACAGUCACAGCUACAGAGUACCUGAUCCUUACAAAUGCCGUCGGGUGUUGAUCAUUGGAGCCGGUCCAUCGGGCAUGGACAUCAGUUUGGAUGUAGCCACAGUAAGCACCACCGUCUUUCAUAGUCAUCACUCCACAGCCGAGGACUUAACGCCGUAUCCAGAAAAUUAUGUGAAAAAACCUGACGUGAAGGCACUAAGUGAAAGUGGAGUCGUCUUCGUUGAUGGCACUUUUGAAGAAAUUGAUGAUGUUAUUUAUUGCACAGGCUACGAAUACUACUACCCAUUUCUAGACGAAUCCAGCGGUCUAUCAAUUUCCCACCAUAGCGUGAUUCCCUUGUACCGGUACCUGGUGAACAUCCAUCAACCAACCAUGGUGUUAUUGGGGCUUGUGGUGCGAGCCUGUGUCGUGAUUGCCUUAGAUGCCCAGGCUCGAUACACAGCAGCCCUUAUCAACGGCAACUUCAAUCUACCCUCUCAUGACGAAAUGAUGGCGGAAUGGCAAAGACGAUAUGACGUGGUUAAAUCACAGGGCAAGCCUCUGUCGCAUAUCCACUUUUUAGAAGCAAAGGAAGAUGAGUACUACGCAGAUCUAACAAAAGAGUCUGGCAUAGCGAGAGUGCCUCCAGUCAUGUUCAAAAUUCGUAUAAAUGAUAUCAAGAGUAAACUGGAAAACCUGCUCGUAUACAGACGUUACACUUACAAAGUGCUGGACAGUGAGAAUUUCACCACAACUUUGGACACCGUCCAGAAUGAGAGAAAAAAUGAAAGUUGUGUACCAUAAUUUGAAGUUAAAGCUGUAGUGGGAAUUUCCUAAAAUCCUUUUUAGUGGUCGCCUACGUCGCCAUAUAGCCUUUGUUAGAUUAUGCGAACAUAGGUAGCCUUUUGAUCUACUUCAUUAGGAGUUCUCAAAUUAUAUUUAAAGAAGUUCGAUAUAAAAAGUAGAAUUAGAGUCUGGCGUAGCCACAGGUAUUACCUAGUCAUUUAUUAGUUGAGUUAAAUAAAAUAAGGCGACAACGUCAAUCACGGUUAAAUCCGUGGGGCGUUACCACCACUACUAUAUCUGUGAACUGGACCAUAUAUAAUACAAGAUAUUUCUUUAUAUUUUAGUGUUCGUACAAAUCAAUUAAUGAUAAGUAACUUAUGUCUUCCAAACAGAAUUUAUUUUACAUAGAACGAUAUGAUUGUAACGUAGACUAUAAAAUAAAACUAUAUUGAUGACACCAAUAUCUUUUAUUGUCAUAUUCAACUUAAAUAACUGGUAACGGAUGUUGACUUAAACUAAUCUUAAACCUAUAAUCUUCAAAAAGUUUUUACUCGUAAGUAUUCGUAAGUAGAAGGUUAUUUAUUAAAUGGACUAAUUUUUUUAACAAAAAUACCUACUUAUUAUAUAUCACUAUGGCUUUAAACAGAGGCUUUUCUUUACCUAAUUGUGUCUCUUACAAUAUAUUACUCUCAAAAUAAGGCUUUGUUGUAC